GAUAUGAAUGGAGGACAACUCCAUCCACAAAACUGCCUUCCAAACUCGCUACAAGUCGUACGAAGAGCGAUUUUGCCAUCAAGAAGGUCUAAUUGUUAGGAUACAUGGUGAACACUCAAGGAGUCCACGUCGACCCGAAGAAGAUCGAAGCUGUACGUACGUGGAAGAUGCCCGAGAACGUGAAGGAGUUGCAGCAGCUACUCGGCUUCACCAAUUAUUACAACAGAUUCAUGCCACACAACACAAAAAAGUUGGCGCACCGCACACAAAUCUACUGAAGAAUAAUACACCCUAUCAGUGGGAACCAAGACACCAAGAAGCUGCGGGGCAUCUGAAACAAGCACUUAUGUCUGCACCAGUACUCAUCCUGCCAGAUCCAGAAUGCGACUACGUCAUCGAAGUUGAUACCAGCGACCAGGCAGUUGGAGCAGUCUUGAUGCAAGACCAAGGGAAUGGAAUGCAACCAAUCGCCUACCUCGGUAAAAAAAAUACACUGGCCAGAGCGAAAUUACCCGAUACACGACAAGGAGGCCCUUGCUAUUAUCAUCGCCUUCAAAACGUGGAGAUGUUAUCUCAAAGGACGAAAAACGACUGUCUACGCCGUCCACUAAAGCCUAAAUUUUUUGAAGACACAGCCAAACCUCUCCAGGCGACAUGUCCGGUGGCUUGACUUCAUCUGGACACAUUUUCAUGACGACA